AUGGCCCCCCAUAGAGUGGAAGAGCCACCACCACCCGCUAAGAGGCUUGUACUAGUUGUUGCUGAUGGAUUGAGAGCAGACAAAUUGUUUCAAUUAUAUCCGCAAAGGGACGCUACGAUGAAAUCAAACGCACCAUAUCUAAGGGAUCUUGUACUUAAUCAUGGAACAUGGGGCAUAUCUCAUACACGUGUACCUACAGAAUCAAGACCGGGACAUGUAGCUCUUAUUGCAGGAUUUUACGAGGACGUUAGUGCAGUGACAAAAGGAUGGAAAAUGAAUCCAGUUGAAUUCGACUCUGUAUUCAAUCAGAGUGAACAUACAUGGUCAUUCGGAUCUCCAGAUAUAUUGCCUAUGUUUGCUGAGGGAGCAUCAGAUCCGAAUCGUGUCGACACGUUCAUGUAUGCAUCCGAGAGCGAAGACUUUGCUGAAGAUGCCGUGGAAUUAGACCUUUGGGUUCUUGAGAAGUUUACGAAAUUGUUUGAUCGUGCGAAAUACGAUGAUAUUCUCUUCUCCCAAUUGCAUAAGGACCGUAUAGUCUUCUUUCUACACUUGUUGGGUCUGGAUACAAAUGGUCAUGCGCAUCUCCCAUCUUCUCAAGAAUAUCUGGAUAAUAUCAAAGUAGUGGACGAUAUAGUUAGCAAAGUUGUAAAUCUUAUGGAUGAGUUUUACGAACACGACGAAAAGACUGCUUAUGUCUUUACGGCUGACCAUGGAAUGAGUAAUAGAGGUAACCAUGGCGAUGGACAUCCUGAUAAUACACGCACUCCUCUGAUUUCCUGGGGAGCUGGCGUCAAUAAACCAAACUACUCUCAUCCGACUGGUCACGAUGACUAUUCUGCUCCAUGGGGUCUCAAUUCUGUUCAGCGUAACGAUGUUCUUCAAGCGGGCAUUGCGCCUUUGAUGGCAUCGUUGAUCGGUAUUAAUUAUCCUGUUAACUCUGUAGGCGAGUUACCGUUAGCAUAUCUAAACAACACGCCCUAUUUCAAAGCAAAGAGCAUUUAUGUGAAUGCGUUGGAAAUAUUGGAACAAUAUAAUGUCAAAAAUGCACGCAAGAAACAGACAGAACUAAUGUUUAAGCCGUAUGCGCCUUUGAAUAAUGCUACUCACAAACCAGAAAUACUAAUAUCUCGCAUCGAAGAACUAAUCGAUAUUGGUGAAUAUGGAGAAGCGGAAGCGUUGUGCUUAGAUCUGAUUGAACUCUCUCUACAAGGACUGCGAUAUUUACAAACGUACGAUUGGCUUUUCCUAAGAUCAAUUGUCAAUGCUGGAUAUAUCGGAUGGAUAAUGUACAGUUUAAGUUUUGUAUUCAGAGAAUACGUACUCUGCAUCUCACACGCUAAAAAGGAUCAAUAUGAAAAUCUUAUAAACAUUGUUUCGAGUGUUGCAUUCUUCCUGCUCUUCUCUAUAAUAUAUAUACAAGAAAUGCCCGCGACGUAUUAUGCAUAUGUUGUAUUUCCAAUAUUCUUUUGGAACAAAGUCUUAAAGGAUCGUAGAACUUUUUUUGAUGUUUGGAAGCUGGCGAUUGAAAAACGUAGUCCUGUGAUUAUUGUUGGAUGUAUUAUCGGAUAUUUAGCGAUUUUGCAAAUGCUGGUUCUUGCUUACUUCUAUCGGAGCGUCUUGAACAUUUGUUUCUUACUCGCUGCCAUAUGGCCAUUGGCAAUGCCGAAAUCAUUGUGGACCGAAGUUCCUGAGAGGAUUUUCCAAUGGGUUUUAUGCUGCCUGUGUUGUAGUGUAUUCACGCUGCUACCUGUUGAGAAAGGAGAAGACAUAACAUUGGUACUCAUUGGUGGAUUGUUUAUCAUGAUAACUGGCCUCUAUGCAUAUUAUCAGAAGCAUAGUCUGGCAACGCAAGGAGACGCAAAUGUUAUUGGCAUGACUUUUCUCUUUCAGCUAAUACUGGUUAUACUGAGUAUGAUAACUGUGUAUGGUACCGCCAGCAGUUUACGUGCAAAGACCGGAUUGCCUACUUUGAACAAGUAUCUCGGCUGGGCUAUCCUAGUGAUAUCGAUACUUACACCAUUUGUUCACGAACGAACUAACCCUAAACAUUACGCAUAUCGUCUCAUAUCGAUAUACUUGUCGUUCGCUCCGUUGUUUGUAAUAUUGAGCAUCUCAUACGAAGUACUCUUCUAUUGUAUAUUCUCAAUAACUCUUUGGAUAUGGCUUGCCUUGGAACGACAUCUGCAUCUGGAGCGACAACCAACAUGGGAAUUACGAAAAGAGAGAACAUUGACACUGGAAGAUCUUCGCAUUUCGUUAAUGUUUCUCUUUUUCAUGCUGGUAGCAUUCUUUGGCACUGGUAAUGUAGCUAGUUUGAGUAGCUUUUCUUUACAGAGUGUAUAUAGAUUGACAACAGUGUUUGACCCAUUUCUCAUGGGUGCAUUGUUGCUACUUAAGCUAUUGAUUCCAUUCUUUAUUGUCACAUCUGCGGUCUACAUCAUCAACAAAGCAUUGGGCUUACCUUCAUUUAGUUUAUGUUUGCUGGUGAUAUCGACUUCGGAUGUGAUGACGUUAAAUUUCUUUUAUUUAGUUAGAGAUGAUGGGAGUUGGUUAGAGAUUGGCACUUCGAUAAGUCAUUUCUGCAUUAGUUCACUAUUUGUUCUAUUUAUUAUCCUGCUAUAUUCGAUGACUCGGCUAUUAGUCGGAAAGGAAAUAAUUCCAACUUAUUUGACUCUUGCUGGAAAAUACAAAAUAAUAUAG